AUGGCCGAUCUCACCGUUCCCGAGAAGCAGUUUGACGAGGCGUACUUUGCCAGCAAUGCGUGCGUCAAGCGCGACGUGGUGGACUUUCUGCAAAAGUACGUCAAGAACUCGCUCCUCAAGGAGCACAACAUGAACGGCGCGGCCAAGUCGGUGGCCAAGAACCGCAAGAAGCCGCAGCUGGAGGAGGUGUACAACAAGGUCUACGCUGAGGCGCCUGCCUGGUGGAAGACGUCCGAGGAUGUCGAGGCCGAGGCUGCUGAGGCCGCCGCAGAGGCUGCCGCCGCCGCAGAGGCCGAGAUCGCUCGCAAGGCCAAGGCCAAGGCCGCCGCAGAGGCCCGCCAGGCCAAGCUCGACGCACUCAAGGCCGAGCGCAUGGCUGGCAGCAAUGCGGCCAAGGGCAAUGCGGACAGAGGCGGCAGUGGUGCCGGUCGGAUUCGUGGCCGCCAGGGCGGAAAGGUCAAGCCGCUCAAGCAGAAGAAGGCCCGCGCCAAGGUCAUGACCGAGGAGGACGAGGAGUUCCAGCGCAAGCGCCGUGAGGACGCUGCCCGCCUCAAGGCCGCCCGUGCUAAGGCCAAGAAGUAA